AUGUCUUUACCAAAGAGAAUUAUCAGAGUAGGGUCGCCGUACGAGGGAGGCAAAUUCAAGCUGGAGCUGUUUCUACCAGACGAUUACCCAAUGGUGGCUCCUAAAGUGCGGUUCUUGACGAAAAUAUACCAUCCAAACAUCGAUAGACUCGGCCGGAUCUGUUUGGACGUGCUCAAGGCCAACUGGUCCCCCGCUUUACAGGUGCGGACGAUUUUGCUGUCGAUCCAGGCCCUGCUCAGCUCGCCAAACCCAGACGACCCAUUGGCCAAUGAGGUGGCCGAGGAUUGGAAAAACGACGAGCAGAACGCCAUUAAAACUGCCAAACAGUGGACAGAAACUUACGCUGUCUAA